CUCCAAGGGAGAGAAGCAAUAGAUUCGUAGGGUUUGAUAAAGCAGGAGCAGGAGCAGUUUAGAACUUUAGGUAGACUGAGUUUAGAUGGCGGGUGGUAGCGGUGCCGCUAGGGCAAGCCGGUCGCUAAUGGCGGGUGGCAGUUUCUCAGAGGCGAAAGUAAUAGCAGCGAAAGUGAAGACGAAAACUUCAAAGUCAGAGUUGUGCAAGUUUCUGGGGAUCCCAGAACGCUCUCGCUCUCCCACUGCACUCUUAAUUUCCAAGUUCAUUGGCCUCUACAACCAUCAGAGUCCCGGUAUCAAGGACCGUAAUUGGGAUGAGAACUUGAAGACGUUAUUACAUGGAAAAUCGAGGGUUGGGGUCGCUGAAAUCACCCGAUUGCUCUCCCAAGAAUUCACCUAUUCUCGCAUCAAAAGCACUGCCACAUCCUCCGCCACCCCCACGCAUUUGGCUGACCAGAAACUACAAGAUUCCAAUAAAUUCAAGAAGACUAAAGGCAAGGCCUCCAAAAACAAGUAGCAACAAGAUUCUACCCUGCUUCUCCAUUGCAGCAUCUUCCAAGUACUUUUGAUUCUUCUUCACCUUCAGGACACCUCUGUUUAUCUGAUUCCCUCCUUAAACAGAUUUGGCACAUCCACUCAACCCUUUCCUUCACUUGGAAUAAAUGUCACUGUAUUUUUCAAGACAGAGACACAAUCCAUAUUUAGUUUCAAGAUCAUGCAUUUUACUUGAAAGCUCGAAUUUCAUGACCAUUCAACUUACAUUGCAUCCGUCAAAGAGUUCGUUUUUCCUUUUCCAUCCCUAAGUCGUCUCAAUGCAAUAUUAUUUAAGUGAUAUUCAGUGAUUAAUCUUUCUUGAUUGUGUAUUGUAUCUCUUGGAUUAAGUUUUGUUCUUCUUUAAUGUUCUCAUUUAGUAGUAUAUCAUAUUCGUGUUUACUAAACAAUUGAAUUAUUGAAUUAUUGAA